UUCCUCCUGUCUACCCCCUGCCAUGUGGUUGAAAUCAGCUAGAGGGAGAGGAAUGAAGACCGGCGCCCAAAGAACGACGAGUGCAUCAGCAUCAGCAACUAUGCUGCUGAUGCAAACGUACGUCGUAUCCAUAUCGGCUCUCGCCACCAUUGCCACUAGCAGAGCACAUCCAGCGGGCGCUUUGUGCACUCCAACCACACCCGCCUUUGGCCGGUGUUGCUUGAUUUCUCGGCGACCGUCCUCCGCAGUCGUCAUGUCUUCGGCAAGGAAACGGCACGCGGUCGUCGCGUUCGGUCGUACGUUGCUGCUACGGCGAGGCUCUCCGUUCUUCCAGCGAGGGACAACAGACACGGAGCACAGCAGCAGCAGUAGAAGAAGCCCGUCGGUGCGAGUAAACAACGCGGUGGAUGACUCCGCGUCAGCGUUACCGGCCUUCCCAUCCGAGCGAGUCGGCGUGGCAGCAGCAGCAGCAGCAGCAGCAGCAGCAGCAGCAGCAGCAGCAGCAGCAGCAGCAGCCGGGGCGUCUACUAGACCCCCGUUGCAAACCCUAGCAACAGAUGCGGCGCAAUCUCAAUCUCCGAGCCGGCGUGUUGCCCCCGCCGCUGCCCCGACGUUGUUGCUGGAGUGGGGCUCGGAGAAGGUACAGAAGCUUCGGCAGUACGUGUUCGAACUCCCCGAGGACACGGCCGAGGAGUCGAGGUUUCUGAUCAUGGCUGCCCUCCUCGGCGUUAUCACGGGCACCGCAGUAACCGUCUUCAAGACCCUCAUCGGAGCCGUGAAGAAAUUCUCGUACGACGAUCUGAUUGGCCGAGUUCCCCCGGGAGCCGCCUCCGCGUACAUCGGAGCCGUCAUCCCCGUGCUCGGUGCCAUUGGGGUGGUUUCCUUGAUGUGGGCGCUGCAGCUCAAGUCCUACGGGCCGGGGUUAGGCGGACUAACGGAGGAGGUGGACAGGCAGGUUCCCUGGAGUCCUCGAAGAACGCUCGGGAAAACCCUUGCCGCAGUUGCUACCCUAGGGACGGGGAACUCACUAGGUCCGGAGGGGCCGGCGGUGGAGCUAGGGGUGGCCUCCUCCCGCUAUGUGUCGGCCAUGUCGAAGCUAUCGGUGCAACGGCAGAGGAUGCUGCUCGGCGCUGGGGCGGCGGCAGGGGUCGCGGCCGGGUUCAACGCCCCCAUCGCGGGCAUCUUCUUUGCGUUGGAGAUUGUCAAGGACACCUUCAACACGAACUACAACAGCAAAUCCUUCAUCGCAGCCACUCUUUUGUGCGCGGUGGUCUCGGCGCUGAUGGCCAAGAUCGGCCUUCACGACGAGCUGUCGCUGCGGCCCGCCGAGUACAACUUGGAGUCCCCGCUGAUUGAGCUGCCGCUGUACCUGGGGUUGGGGGUGGUGGCCGGGCUAGUGGCGGUAAUGUUCAAGUAUUUCUCCCGCAAGAGCGCUGAUGUGUUUAAGGGAAAUUUCCCGGGUUUUGGGUGGAUGAAGAAGGCCCCGCAGUGGUCGAAGCCGAUCAUGAUGGCGGCCGUUACCGGAACAGUCGGCGUGUUCUUCCCGCAGGUGUUAUUCUUCGGGUACGACACUCUCGACAAGCUCCUGGCUAAUACCGGGUCUUACAGCUUGCCGCUGCUUUGCUUUUUGUGCGUGGCGAAGGCUCUGCUGACGGCAGGUGCCUUAGGCUCGGGCCUCGUGGGCGGGACUUUCGCCCCUUCCCUGUUCCUAGGGGCGACGGCGGGCGCGGCUUACCAGCGGAUACUCCAGGCCUGUUUGACGGCGUUCCGAUCCACCGCUGGCCCAUCCCUCGCUGCCGCGAGCACCUUCCUGCUACCGGUGACAUCUGUCCUCGGUCUAGGGGGCCCCGGUGGUGACCUGAGCUCACUGCUGACUAUCGCGGGGUCCCCGGCUUACGCCAUGGUCGGUGCGGCUGCGGUGCUCUCGGCGUUGUACCGCGCGCCACUGACGGGGUCGCUUCUCCUAUUUGAGCUCACGAAGGACUACGAUAUCGUGCUGCCGCUCAUGGCGGCGGCUGGUGUCUCCUCCCUAGUGGUGGAGCUCUUCAGCCGCGCCGAUGCCCCCGCCGUGCAGCCCAUGCCUAGAGAUAUGAGCCUCGAGAUUGGGCUUAAGAUCUCCGGGAAGGUGGACAAGCUCAUGGGAAAGAUCCAGGUGACGGACGCGCUAGUGCCCCGAAUUUUAGCCCUGACGGCCGACACACCUCUCCCGGAGGCAAUGCGAGCUUUCCGCCUGACCCGCAACGAGUUCGCUGUUGUCGUGUCGAGCUCGGGUUUCGAAACCUACCAGGCGCCGUCGGAUUCGUCGGGGGGGGAGGACAGGGGGCGGCUUACCGGGCAGACGGGCACGAACGGGGAUACCACCGACUGGCACGCACAGACUCUUCUGGCCGAGGACCUGUGGGAACGGCGCGACUUGAAGCUGGUCGGCGUUCUGGCACUACGUGAGAUCAUCCUCGCGCUAGACCGGGAGCGGGCGAGCUUUUCGGAGGACGAAGUCAGGCCGGAGCUCACGGCGGGGACCGUGUGCCGACAGAAUUGCUUCACCGUCAAGGCAAGCAUGGACAUCGCCUCGGCAAAGAAGAUCAUGACCCUCAAGGCCGUCCGCUACCUGCCCGUCGUGGUGGACCUGCCCUUACCACCGUCACCUGAGCCGUCCGCUGGCGCUGCUAUUGCCACUCCUCCACCGCGGGCUCCGGUAUCCAUCGCCAAGACCGCUGCCACCCGUGCUAUUGCACCCUUUACAAGGAGAAGAUCGAACAAAAAUAGGAGAGGCGAAGGGAGUGGGAGCGAUGGAGGCAAUGAUAGCGAAGAGGAUAGAGAUGCCGCACAGGAGCCAGCGGCGGUGGCGGUGCCUCCACCGCCGCCGCCGCCGCAGGCACCGAAGGCGGUGAUCGGCGUCCUGAGCAGGGACUCGGUGCGAAUCGCGAGCCGGCUCGCCGAAACUGAGCGGGCGAUUCGGGACAGGCCCUCAUGUUCACCGCCGCCGCCAACACCGGUGCCGUUGUCGCCGCUUUCGCCACCGCCUACACCGCCGCCGCCAACGCCGUCGCCCUCGGAGAACAGCUAGAGCAUAAUUUUACCGAUGGGUCAUUGUUGGCGCGCUGCCUCCAGAAGAGGUUCUGUAUCGUUCGGACGGGAAGGUGUUUUGUCUGUUGGGGAGAACCUUCUCAUGGCGUCGCGUUUUUUUUUCCGGCCCCGUUGGAGCAUCGGUCGUGCUAGUGCCUCGCGUUGAGCGACGGUGAGGCUUGGCUUUUGCCAAGGGGAUCACGAGGGUAGAAACCGGGUCCUGAAGUGGGUGGCAAUGAUAUGGUUGCCCCGCUUUGCCUUGGAUGUUCUCUCCGCCGUAGCCGCUUGAAACGGCUGCGAGGGGGUGCCAAGCUUCGCGAUGGGGUACUUCGCCGGAUCGCAAAAGUAGACACGCGGUGGGAUACACGAGUAGGAACUUUAUAGGACGGUUAACCAUGCCACGGAGUGUAUUUCUAGUCACGUGUCGCCCACUGUAGAAUGGUGUUCAUCGUCUCGGCGUGUUUUGCUAACAUGCGGGUACGCCAGCCACGCCGUUUCAUGUUGCAAUGUUCCGUAUCGCCCCGAAUCAUGUGUUCCGUUUCGUGUACCUAGACUAUCCGUUUUGUGGUGGCAUUUCCUUGUGUAUAAGCAUUGAAAGCAACGUGUGAUGCACGCGAGAUGAGGACGCAAAGCAGUGUUGCCUUGGGAAGGCAAUAUUUCACCGUGGGGCGAAGAUUUCACGGCGCACGGAAACAGUUUCGAGACAGCUUUGCCCUCUCUGCGAAGCUUCGUCGACUGCAUGCUGCUGUGCGUAUGUGGUGCCACUCAUGAUAGACACAGCUAGGUUUAGUUAGGGUCUGGCAGCUGGACGGGUCAUCAACUCAUCCGAUCGAUCUUCCCAAAACAGAGGUCCGUCUA